UUUUCUUUUGAAGCACAAUGAAAUUCUUUAUUGUUUUUGCAGCUCUUUUUGCCAUUGCCUUGGCUGCUCCCAGACCUGAUAGUGAACAUGCCGAAAUUGUGAAACUUGAUUCCAAUGUUGAACAUGAUGGUUAUUCCUUUGUAGCUGAAACCAGUGACGGCACCAGCCGCCAUGAAGAAGGCAAAUUGAAAGAAGUCAAGGGUGAACAUGGCGAUGAACAUGCCAUUGUUGUUCAUGGUGAAUUCUCGUGGAAGGAUAAACAUGACGGUAAGGUCUAUACCGUUCAAUAUGUUGCCGAUGAACAUGGUUUCCAACCCACCGGUGAACAUAUUCCACAAUUGCCCAAACACUAAAGAAGUUCAAU